CCCUGCUCUCUAGCAGGGACUGAAAAGGGGGUGAAAAGGUUCUCAUGAACUAAGUUCUAGUUCUGGAUUUCUUUGGUGUGAAAGCACAUUUUCUGAACUACAUCGGAACUAUACUGGGAAAAGUACUCCGGUGUGAAAGUGCCUUAUGAUGCUUUUACCAGCCUGUGUAAAGUUAUUGACUUAUACAUAUACAUCCAUUUGUCCUCCAGGUUUUGAUGCUCUAGGAGACCUGUUGAAGCCUACGAUGCCCACACACAACGCACCUCUUCCUCCUCCUCAAAUGGCCAUCCAUCACGGAGGGAAGCUGCUAGCCAACGACCUCGACUCCUCUCUGGCCAACCUCGUGGGCAAUCUGCAGUUUGCUGGGACCCCAGCCAAGAACUCGUCCCUCUACAGGCCAGAGAUGCAGUGGAACCAUCCGGGAGAGAAGAAGCUGACGGGAGGACACAACUGGCACAAUAAGACCAUGUCGACCACUCAGUGGGGUCCGGGUCCCAUGGCCCCCCAGCCCAUGCCUGUACAACACGUGGCUCCAGCUCCCAUGGCUUUCCCCAUGAACACACCGCAAGUGCCUGUGUAUGGAAUGGUCCCUCCCCAGAUGGGUCACAUGGGGGGGGUUCAGGUGAUGGCUCCUCAGCCCAUGAUGUACAACCAGCCGGUCCUCAGACCCACAAACCCCUUUGCACCCAUGCCCGGAGCCCAGGUCAGCUAUCCUGUACUUGUGCAUUCAUACACACAAAACGACACCUUUGCAACUGAAAAGAUGCAGUUUAUGUAAUCCAGUCGGGGGGGGGGAAGCAGAGUGCCAAAAAGCAACAAACAAACAGCAGAAGAAAACACACAAGAGGAACGAUCCGAUGGACGGGGGGAUGAUUUGAAACGAGCUAAAACGACUGAGAGACACCGAAAAAACAAGUUGGAAAGAGGAGGGGAACACGACCGGAAAGAGGAUGGAGGGAUGUGUUCGGGAAAUAUCAUCCUUGUUGGUCAUUGUCUGAAACAACUGUGUGUGUGUGGCUUCUUUCUGUCUAUUUUUUGUUUUGAAAUCAUAUCGAUGGAGUGAUUGCUUCAGGAGAGGGAAUAGGGAUGCGAGAGAUAGAUGUGAAGAAAGAUGGCGGAGUAGAGAAGAGGGAAAUCCUACCUCUGAGAAAGUCUCUGCUGCAGAAUUAGCUUUAUUUCAUACUGGUGCUAUUUUGUCCUCUCUGGGUUACUGUCUGCCUGCAACGGCAACCUGGGAGCACUUAAGGGAGGACAGGUGUGUGUGGAAGUGUGUGUGUGUGUAGUUGUUUCAGACAAUACCUUCACAACCGACCUCCUUUCCAUCGUCUUUGUUCGCUGUCUGUGACCACGACCGUCCAAUCAGCGACGGAUUUAGAGGCAAAUCUUCUCGAGUGUGUUUCCCGUAAUUUUCCGCUCUGUUGGGGAUAUCUUUGUAUUUUUCUUCUGCAGCCUCUCCUGAAUGUUAUCGGGGCUUGUACAGCAAUUUGUUGAACCAUUUGUUAAUAGUAGUUGAGCGUUUGUUGUUAUGGGUUUUUAAGCUUACGUCUUUGUUACUCAUACUGCAUUAUUUUCUUCUCCCUAAAGUACAGAUACACACAGAGCGACUUGGAUUAGCAGUGAUAACAUGUUAGCACGGCGUCUAAAUUGUCUGUGAACCAAACAUCUUAAAGCCUAGCCACGCAAGAGAGUGAUGCAGCAAAAUUCAUCCGUGCUUUACUGAGAAAUGUGUGGUUUUUAAAGCAUGGUGGUGUCGUAAAUCACAUAACCGCUAACACCUUGUUAGCUAGUGCUAGUGGCCACAUUUACUCUUGGGCUUCAAUAUAUCAACUCUUUGGUCCCUUUUGGUGUUAUAUUCUAGUUAUUUAAUCAAAUAAAAAGUUAUUAAAAAGGGGAAAGAAAUCUCUCAAAGCUAGCUAGCAUUCAAACUGUCAGUUAGAAAGUGUGUUAGCUUGAUUGCUAACAAGACACGUAUGACUUGACAUAUUUCGGUCUAUAAAUCAUCCCUCUCUCCAGAAAAAGAUGGCCGUUAGCCAGACACAGUUUUACACCUUUAUCUUGACUCAUUUUGGCUCCUGUCACGUUCAGUAGAACGUAAAAAUAAAACACAUUUUAUUGUAUUGUUUACGCUAAAGCCACUACGAAUUGUUAACUAGCAUCAUUAGCAUCCUGUUAGCACCCCUUGUUGAUCUCUGUGUAUCUGUUCUUCAUGUCCUCAUCAGCUGACCAACAAGAUUCAGACGUCAAAGGUUUCUAAAAAUAAGAGCUUUUUCAUUUGCCACACCUGAUUAUUGGCAGAUCCACAUUAUGUGCCAAUUAUUGAUGACCGCAGCACUGAGUGAGGGAUACAUUUUAUUGCAUCGAGUUGAAUUCACUUUAAAUUGCACUGAAUCGAAGUGAGUGGCUUUAAGUGCGGCUCCGUGGCUCCAGGGGAUCAAAUCUGUGUAAGAAGUCAUAACCAUUCUUUAGCCAAAGCAUCCGUCACCACGAGUUCGACUGUCGGUCUGUACCAUGCUUUUUUUGUGCGUGUUCACGUGUGUAUGUUUUCCAUUGAGGGCUAUUUCUGAGGGUCAAAUUGUGUCAGAUUUCGAGCCAAAUUUGAGCCAGCGAGUUUGACACAAAAUGUGCUUUCUUUUUUGUUUUUGUAAAAUCUAAAUUUUGUUGCAAAAAUGUUGCACUGAAGUGACUAACCUGCCGGCAAGAGGAGCUGUCGCCAGAUGUGGUGUGAAAAAGUUGAGAAAGAGAUUUGAAGUUUGUAGAAAUCGUUUGAGGUUUUACAAUAACACGUUUGUUCUAAUCUACCGGCCACUUUGGCGGGUAGCAAAAAUAGUUUUUCCUGCCAUUCUAACAACGAACUUGAAACUUUUUGUAGUCCCAUCCCAAAUCCACAUCCCAGUGAUAGCUCAUCAUCUUCACGAUCUCGCUUCAGCCUCUCAACUCUGUCUAGUUGGUCUAUCUCUAGAAUGCUUUUUUUAAGCCUGCUUCGUCACUGUUUGGUAUGUGUAGAUAUGUAAAAAAAAAAAUAGUAAUAAUAACCAGUUCCUGUCUAGAUUGUCUGCUCCCACCCAUCACUGUCGCUGUUCGAUAGAUAUUGCUCUUAGACGCUUCUUGUCGCAGUCUUGUGUUAGCUUAGCCUCUCAUAGUAUCUUCCUUAUAGAAGAAGUAGAUUUCCCACCGUGUCCUCCCCUCUGCCAGUGUCUAGUAUCUAUAGCUCUAGUAUCUCUUGGUGUCUCUGUCCUUUAGCUGUAGACCUUUCGGAGGCUCUCAGGCUUUGUGGUUCGCUUUGAGUGCGCUAUUUUCUUCUCGCUGUUAGCAUCGCUCCAGUGUCUGGUUAGAUAAGGUCGUCAUCUUAUAUUUUUGUUUUUAUAUCGACAACAUCGGCCACCUCUGUCUCUCAUUAUGAUGUCAGCAGCCUAUUGUCUCUGAUUGGACUGUUGAACCCGAACAGCCAAUCGGAUUCUUGCAUAUCCAGGUAUUUAAGUGACAAACGGGAGACUUUUGUUGGAUUUCGGAAAGACAUAAAGCCAGUCAAGUAAGUUGGAUUGGAAAUUGGCUAACACUGAAUGCUUUUUGAUUUAAGCAGCAGUUUGAAAGGUUGUCUGGUUAACUAGCCACUUGUAAAGUGCAGUCAGAAGUUUGGCAAGUAGCGAGGGAAUCACCUGGGAAGUCAAAGACAAAACACCUUU